AUGGCUAACGGGCUUUGUAAAAUCGGUCGCUGGUGGUCAGUGGUUUCCAGUUUCAUUGAGUUGGCCCUUCUUCUGGGUGCUGCUCGGGCGGUGAAGCGAUGGAGCCUUUUAGCUGCUGAUGGGCACGAGCGUGGAGGAAAAGAAACAGCUUUUGAGGGAGCCCGUGAUAAAACUGCCGUCUUUCAUGGUACUGGUGUAGAACUGCUUGUUCCUGCACGACGCUCAGGGUGCACGCAUGGACUACAGCCGUGGAGACAGCCCCGGACUGGAGCAGCUCUCCCGGGAGGAUGGGUGGUGAUGGUGGACAUCUUCAUGCCGGCUCAUAACCGAGUUGCCAGGGGCCGGGCGGGGGCUGCCUGCAUCCCUCUGCACAAACUGGAUGAUGAGUAUCCUGAUGAGCAUUUGGCAUCCUCUGUGUUCCUCACUGACCUUGCAGUUAUUACAGGUCCGCAGGCACGCUAUGGAAUCCGACAAAACCGCAAGAGCAUCUAUAAAUCGGAAAUCUUUUCUGUCGCGUUUAAAUAUGUUUUUGCCAAAAGCAUUAUUCUUGUCAUUUCCCAUAGACCGCAGCAGGACUGCGGUAGCAUCAGCAGAUUUUUUUUGGCAGAGGGCCUGCAAGGUGCCAUGCGCCGUGGUCUGUGGGAGAUGAUGAUGACAUUUGGUGUCACAGGCUCAGGUUUUACAUCACCGCCCAAUCUGAUGCGAUCGGCAGCUCUGCCCCGUGCCGGGGGGGAGGUGGGACCGGCGGACCCAGGUAAGGAAACUCAUGCUGUCUCUGCCCACGUCGUCUCUGCCCUAUGCAGGUUAAACUUUGUUUUCAUUCUUUGGAUCUCAACGACAUUUGUGUGCUCGGGUUACCCAGUUGUCCCUUCCAUGAGCAGCAAUCCUUUUUAUUUGAAUUGCCAGCUGUAUGGAAAAUCUGAUUACUGCCUCGUCCUUCUGAAUAACUGCUUAGCCAAGGUGGGCAGGAAUGAAGAACUGGCUUUUUUAAAGCCUUACCUGGAGAUGCCUCUCAAUAAAAGGUCCUUUCGCAACGGUGUUGGAUCGGGAAUUAAAAAAACUUCCUUUCGAAGAGCAAAGUCAUAA